AUGCAUCGUGUUGGGAGUGCUGGUAAUACCGCUGGCUCGACUCGACCGAGAAAGGAGAAGCGCUUCACAUAUGUGCUCAAUGAUGCUGAUGAUAAAAAGCAUUGUGCGGGGAUCAAUUGCUUGGCUUAUCUAAAUGGUUCCACAUUUAGUACAAGCGAUUAUCUUUUUAGCGGGAGUCGUGAUGGUACCUUGAAAAGAUGGGAAUUAAAUAAUGGGGAUGCAAGCUUCUCAGCAACUUUUGAGUCUCAUGUUGAUUGGGUUAAUGAUGCCAUUAUAGUUGGAGAAAAGCUUGUUUCCUGUUCCUCAGACACCACAAUAAAGGUCUGGAAUUGCUUCUCUGAUGGUGCCUGUACCAGGACUCUCCGCCAGCAUUCUGAUUACGUGAUUUGUCUCGCUGCUGCUGAGAAGAAUAGCAAUAUUGUAGCCUCUGGUGGUCUUGGUGGUGAGGUUUUCGUUUGGGACCUUGAUGCUGCUCUUGCUCCUGUAGCAAAAUCUGUGGAUGCAAAAGAGGAUGAGGUUCCUAAUGGAAACUCUGGGCCUGCUUUGUCAACAUUGUGCAGCGUAAAUUCUAGUAGCAAUAUUGCUUCCUCUAAUGGUCAAUCACAUGGGUACAAUCCAAUUGCUGCCAAAGGUCACAAAGACUCAGUUUAUGCACUGGCUAUGAAUGAUACAGGAACCCUUCUUCUCUCUGGUGGCACUGAAAAGGUUGUCCGAGUGUGGGAUCCGAGAACAGGUUCAAAAAACAUGAAAUUGAGAGGGCACACUGACAAUAUCAGGGCCUUACUUGUUGAUUCUACAGGGAGGUAUUGCCUAUCAGGAUCAUCUGAUUCCAUGAUAAGACUAUGGGAUCUAGGACAGCAGCGUUGUGUUCAUUCUUAUGCUGUGCAUACUGAUUCAGUUUGGGCGCUUGCAAGCACUCCUUCAUUUGGUCAUGUCUACAGUGGUGGAAGAGACCAAUCUGUAUACCUAACUGAUUUGUCCACAAGAGAGAGUGUUUUACUGUGCACAAAUGAAUACCCUAUUCUACAGUUGUCUCUGCAAGAUGACACAAUAUGGGUGGCAACAACUGAUUCUUCUGUUUAUGGAUGGCCAGCUGAAGGGCGCACACCCCAAAAGGUCUUCCAAAAGGGUGGUUCAUUCUUAGCUGGGAAUUUGUCAUUCUCAAGGGCAAGAGCAUCUUUAGAAGGAUCAGCACCUGUUCCUGUAUACAAAGAGCCAUCAUUUGUUAUCCCAGGAGUUCCAGCAAUAAUUCAACAUGAGAUAAUGAAUAAUAGAAGGCAUGUACUGACAAAGGAUACCACUGGUUCAGUCAAAUUGUGGGAGAUCACCCGUGGUGCUGUUAUUGAAGACUUUGGCAAGGUUUCUUUUGAAGAUAAGAAAAAGGAGUUGUUUGAGAUGGUAAGCAUACCUGCUUGGUUCACCAUGGAUGCUCGAUUAGGAUGCUUGUCUGUCCACCUGGAUACUCCACAAUGCUUUUCUGCAGAAAUAUAUGCGGUUGAUCUAAAUGUUGCUGGAGCACAAGAAGAUCUCAAGAUUAAUUUGGCUCAAGAGACCCUUCGGGGUUUGCUAGUUCAUUGGAGUAAAAGAAAGCAGAAAUCUAGUUCGCACAGCUUGCCUAAUGGUGAUAGUUCAAUAGGGAAAGAUGUUCCGUCAAAAGACUCGCCCCGGUCAAGAUCUGAGGUGGACGAUGUCACUGAAAACCAUGCAACUCAUGUGCUUCCAUCAUUUGAGUUUUCUACAGCUUCACCUCCCUCAAUUAUCACGGAAGGUUCUAGUGGAGGGCCUUGGAGAAAGAGAAUUACCGAUUUGGAUGGAACUGAGGGUGAUCUUCCAUGGUGGUGUGUGGACUGUGUUACUCACAAUCGAUAUCCAAAGGAGAAUACAAAAUGCGGCUUUUAUUUACAUCCUGCUGAAGGCUCGCCUGCACCAAACAUAACUCAAGGGAAGCUUAGUGCUCCACGGAUAUUGCGAAUUCACAAGGUAGCUAACUAUGUGGUUGAGAAACUCGUGCUUGACAAACCAUUGGAUGGAGGCUCUGAUAGUGCUUUUGUUAUGGGAUUGAGUUCUGCUCAAUCACAGCUCUCAGCGCUAGAUAGUUCUUCACGGCUUGGACUAAAGUCAUGGCAAAAAACAAAGCCAUGUAUUGAGAUAUUGUGCAAUAACCAGGCAAGUUCUCUAAAUAUAGCUAUUUCAUUAUAUAGUUACACGUUUUUACCUACAUUACGAACAAAUGGAAGAAUACCCUGGUCCCUGUUUCUGUAG